CGGGGGCCGACGGCGGAGGGAGGGGCUCCGGUGUGGCCCGGCCCGGCCCGGCCCGGCCCGGCCCGGCUCCCCAGCUGCUCCCGCCAGACCUCCCGGUGCAGCCCUCGGCGGGGCAAGACCGGCGCCGCCCCCCGUUCCUCUUUUUCGUUUUCUCUCACCGGGUGCCUACAAGGACCGGGUUUCCGAGCCCCAGCGCCGCGGGGAGCGCACGGGAUGCUCCCGUCGUGGGUGCCCCGCCCCGCCCCUCCCACCUCAUCCGCACAUUCCCACAUUUCGCACAGUAGUUUUCACACGGUUUUGCACACCCACACCGUGGGGUUGGGUCCGCAGAGCCCCCCAGGACUCCAUCGCCGGCACCCUGCCACCGGCAUCCCAUCGAUCCCUGUUAUCCCACCUCGGGGCGUCCCGCCCCGGGCAUCCCAGCCCCGGCAGCCCUCUCUGGAAUCCCGCACACAGCGCUCCCGCUGGGCACGUGGCUGCCAGCAAAGGCAGGGCCCGGAGCGCCAAACCCGAGGGGAAAACACAGAACUUUUCCCGCGGUUGUUGCUAUGGAGACAGGAGCAGACGGGGAACAGCUCGUUGUCCCUCUCCCUCCUGCCCCGACCGCCCCGCGCGCCCAGCUCGGGACGGAGGAGAACGACAAAGAGGACGGGGAGGACGGAUGCUGCGGGCGCGGUGGCAGCCGCUGACACAGCAACUGACACCGCUUCGUGCCUGAGAACCCCGUGUGUUUGCUCCAACGAUAUUUUGGGUCCCAUCGACCCCGAAAUCGCUCCCAGUAGCCGGCUCCGGCCGGGCGGGAGGAACCGUAGGUGCGGCAGCUCCGUCCCCGAGCCCGCGGCACUGGCGCGUCCCCGGGGAAAACAGCGAAUCCUGACCGACGAGGGUCACAGACGGAGCGAAGACCCCCUGAGCUGCUCUGGCCCGCGGUGGCACCGGCGGCUCCCGCUGACCGGCGAACCGGGGGCGUCCCGGGAGGGCCAGAGCCGUUCCAGAGCCCCCGGGGGCUCCGUCCGAGGCCGGGAGGGCGGUGUCCGUCCUUCCCGGGCCCCCCUCCGUCCCCGCCGGUUCUCCCACCCCGCCCGCCGGACCCGCUGCCAUGGCAACCUGGACGUCACGGUGGCGCGCUUUGCGGUAGGGCGGAGGGCUCGGCGCGACAUUCGGUGGCGCUUUGCGGCAGUACCGGCGUGCGGAGCCAUGGCGGAGGAGGACCCGGCAGCGGCGGCGGCAGGGAGCGGCAGCGAGAGCGAGGAGGGGGAGGAUGGCGAGCGGCGGCACCGGCAGCUCCUGGAGGCCAUCAGCGUCUUGUCCGGACGGAAACGGCGGAAGCUGGCGGAGCGCUCCGAGGCGAGCGGGCAGGUGUCCGAGUUCAAUGUCACCUGCAAAGGUGCUGGGGAAAAGCUGGUUCUGUCAGAGCUGCUGCAGCCCAUUCAUCCCAAAUCCACGCUGGGCAGUGUGAGGAAGGAGCUGGCCAGAGUGAAGCAGAAGGCAGCAGUGGAGCUGCCACUGAGCAAAGAGGAGGCCAAGAGGGUGGUGAGGGAGGCCGCCUACAUGACCAGCUCGAAGGAGGUGGGGAAGUGGCAGCAGGUGGUGCUGCAGAACCGGCGCGCGGAGCAGCUGGUGUUCCCCCUGCGGCAGGACAUCGCCACCGUGACCCCUCUGGAGAGAGUCACCUCGGCGUGGAAGGCCCGAACUCCACUGGAGCAGGAGAUCUUUGGAUUGCUCCACAAGACACAGCAGCCCAUCACAGACCCGCUGCUGACUCCGGAGGAGAUGGCCUCACUGCAGGCCAUGAGCUUGGAGGAGGCCCAGCACCGGCGGGCAGAGCUGCAGAAGGCCCGGGCAGUGCAGUCCUACUACGAGGCCAAGGCUCGGCGAGCAAAGCGGAUCAAGAGCAAGAAGUACCACCGUGUGCUCAAGAAGAGCCGGAGGCGCCAGGCCCUGAAGGAGUUCGAGCAGCUGCACAAAUCGGACCCUGCGGCCGCCUUGGCACGGCUGGAAGAGCUGGAGCAGCUCAGGAUGCAGGAGCGGAUGAGCCUUAAGCACCAGAACAAGGGAAAAUGGGCCCGAUCCAGGGCCAUUAUGGCUAAGUAUGACCUCGAGGCCCGCAAGGCCAUGCAGGAGCAGCUGGCCAGGAACAAGGAGCUGAUGCAGAAGGUGUGGGUGGAGCCGCCCAAGGAGGAGCUGUGUGAGGUGCCCGAGGAGGACACCACAGCCUUGCCCAUGCCCACCGGGGCUAAUCCCUGGAUGCUGGGCAAGCCCAGUGGCCUGGCCCCGGGGCCUGAGGCACAGCAGGGUCCAAGAGAUGACACGGUGCCUGCUGCUGUGGAGAACAAAGACAAGAUGGAGGAGGAGGAGGAGGAAGAGCUGUCAGAGGAAGAAGCUCUGCUGCAAGACUUUGAGCAGAAGCAAUGGGAGCAGACAGGGAGCCCCAAGGGGCACAGCAAGGAGCAUGGUGCUGAUGAGACUGAGACUGGUGCUGAGCAGCCCAGGGAUAGCCCAGUCCCCCCAGACUGUGCCAAGGAGCUGGGGGACAGCCCAGUCCUCCCAGACUGUACCGAGGAGCUGGGGGAUCACCCAGUCCCCCCAGACUGUGCUGAGGAGCUGGUGAGCACAGGGCUGGAGCCUCCUCCUCAGGCCCAGGAGCAGCUCCUGCUCUCGGAGCAGCUGCGCCACGUGCAGAGCAUGGAGGAUGUGGAGAGUCUGGCCAAGGAGGAGCUUGUGGAAGAGCAGGAGAAGCUGGUAGCCCUGAGAGCAGGGAAGCGAGCACGGCAGCAGGAGGAAGGCAGAGCUGGGGACAGACAUACCAAGAAAGCACCAGCAAAGAGGAAGAUGAUCAGCCUGGAGGCUGUGCUGGAUGGGAAGCCCCAGGAGAUGGACUGCCCCAGCCUGCCGGUGGUCCUGGAGGAGGAGGAGGGUGGCAUGGAGCAGCGCGGGAUGAUCACGGAGGCCUUUGCUGGGGAUGAUGUGGUCGCUGACUUCCGCCGGGAGAAGCGCAAAGCAGAGGAGGCAGUGAAGCCCCAGCCGGUGAACCUGGUGCUGCCGGGCUGGGGCGAGUGGGGCGGCACAGGCCUGAAACCCAGCGCCAGGAAGGUCAAGAGGUUCCUGAUCAAGCCGUGGGCGGCGCCUCCACGGAAGGACCAGCACCUGCCCCACGUCAUCAUGAGUGAGAAGCGUAACAUCCACGUGGCAGCGCAUCAGGUCAGCGAGCUGCCCUUCCCCUUUGAGCGGCACCAGCAGUUCGAGCAGAGCAUGCGGACGCCCGUGGGCUCCACGUGGAACACUCAGCGUGCCUUCCAGAAGCUGACAGCCCCUCGAGUCAUCACCCGCAUUGGCCACAUCAUCCAGCCCAUCUCAGCCGAGGACGUCCCUGACACGGCCCCUGGCAGCAGGGCCAGGCUUGGGGGGGAGGCCAUGCCUGAGAGGAAGGCUGUGCCCAGGGGGAAGGCUGUGCCUAGGGGGAAGGCUGUGCCCAGGGGGAGGGCUGAGCCUGGGCAGAAGGCGCAGCCCCGGCACUCCAGAGCACGGUAGCUCUGUGUCUGCAGCCUGGAGGCUUGAACUGGAGCGAGCAGAGGAACCAGGAGCACCUCCUGGUUCUGUCCAGGUCCUUCUACCUCUUUCUCUGCAAUAAAACCCAGGGCUGUCUUC